CCCAUCUGCUCCAUCACUCUCUUCGAUCACCCACAUUCCUUUGUUGAUCUGUGAUCCCUCCCUGUGCAGCCUUUGUCUGAAUAGGACCACGUUCUUUAUUUUCUUUCAGCAACUCACACACUCUUUUGUUCCAGAAGUACGCCUUAGUCGUACACUGACUCCCUGCAGCCUCCGUUCAACACUCCUCAAUCAUUCACACCCUGAUAUCGAGAAAGAUCUGAGAUCCUUAACUGCCAUAUCAACUCAAGUCACGGCUCUUCCACACUUCAAAAUGCGCUCAACUCUUCUCCUCACUUCGGCUUUGGCCAUUGGUGCUCUUGCUGGCCCUCUCCAAAAGCGAUACAUCGUCACAGAGGUCGAUCUUGAAAUCAAGACCGUAACCGUAUACGUGACCCCUGGCCAGGCCGAGCCUACCGUAGCUGCCGUUCCAACCACCUUUGGUGGACGUCACCGCCACUCUUACCACUCCAAGCCGGCCUCAAGCGCUCCUGUGCCAGUCCCAUCGUCUAAGGCAGCCCCUGAGCCAUCAGUCGUAUACACUCCACAACCUUCUUCCGCACCUGCGCCGACCCCUACCCCAACUCCUUCGCCAGUUCAAUCCAGCAAGGCCCCUGUCGCUUCUGUUGCUAACGACGGCACCCAUAAGAGUGGAGAAAUCCAAGCUACCUUCACUUCUGGCCCAGACUAUCAGGCUAUGGUCCUCUUCCACCACAACGCCGCCCGCGCCAACCACGGUGCCGGUCCGUUGGUAUGGGACGAUGAUGUCGCAGCCACAGCCAAUCUUGCUGCUAUUAAUUGCACAUUCGAGCACUAUAUCCCAGAAGGUUCAGGCCAAGGCCAGAAUAUAUUCGCCAUGUCUGGUGACAGCUUCAACGUUUCGGCCGCUAUCACCGAGAGCUGGUACAAGGGAGAGUUUGCCGCUAUGCAGGGACAUUACGGUCAGACCUCACUUCCCAUGGACGUCUUCGAAACAGUAGGGCAUCUUACUCAGAUGGUCUGGAAGGAAACGACCAAGGUCGGCUGUGUUUCACAAAACUGCGCCGGGAAGAUGAGGUUGGGUAAGGAAAGCAACUAUGCAUCGACCACCAUGGAUAAGUUCACGGUGUGCAACUAUGCCAGCCCUGGCAAUGUUGACGGUCAGUACGCCUCCAACGUCGGAUCUCCCAUCUCCACUUCCAACUUGGGCAGUUGGUUGGACUAAACAUCUCGUCAUUUUCUGGGGCGGAUCGAUUGACACUCUCCUCGGGCCAAAAUGCAUUGUUGUUGAGCGUCUUUUCAUGAGCAUGUCGGGCUGCAGGUCAACGGGACAUUUGCUUGCAUGACUGGGGAUCCAUUUCACAAAAUUUUUGUCUGUGGCUGCCUCUGUUGGCUUAACCUGCCGUGUCAGUUCAACAGAAGCUUCAUUUCGAUGUAUAUACUUACUAUGAUGGCCCUCAAAGCCCGCUUUGGGGGUUCACUUCUUGCACACAUGCAAGUCAAGCUUAAACCAAUGUGUAACAGACA